GGAAGCGAGGGUGCGGCGCAAUCCCGAGACAACGCCCGAACUCAGCCCGAGUCCUCCCCGCUAGACUCUCAUCCUUCCUUUUUCUAGCUUAAGGCGAAGGCGGAGCCGGAUCUCCAAAAGUCCCCGCCCUCGGGGAAGUGUGUAUGUGUGUGUGUGUGUGUGUGUGUGUGUGUGUGUGUGUGUGUGUGUGUGUGUGUGUGAGAGGAAGGCAGCGGGGACAUCCCCGUCAUUUGCAUAGCCUCCGGGACGUGGCGCCGCACGGAAGCCACUUCCGGUUUGAGAAGAAACUACAAGUCCCAAGAUGCCGCGGAGCAAGAUGUCCCAUAUGGACCUGGCUUUGGAACCUGCUGAUCAGGACCUGCUGGGCUUCCUGCUGGAGGAAAGCGGAGGUCUGUGGGCUGCUCCUGACCAGGAGGUGGAAGAUCAGCUGGACUGGGAGUUGCCGCCUUCCGAGGCGCUGAGCGACUGGGAAGUAGAGGAUUUGCUGAGCUCUCUGCUCAGUCCCCCGGCAUCGUUGGACUCGUUGGACGCUCUCGGCUCCUCCAACUCUUCUCCUGUCCACCACGAUCACACCUACUCCCUCCCACAGGAACAUGCCUCCAUAGAUCUAGAUAGUGGGAGCUGUGGAAAGGAGGGUUCCCACGUCACUCCAUUGCAUGUGGAGCAGGCAGCAGAGCAGGAGAUCUCUAGGCUGAUACUGACCGAUGAGGAGAAGAAACUCUUGGAGAAGGAGGGACUUAGUCUCCCCCCAGCACUUCCUCUCACCAAGGUGGAGGAACAAGUUCUGAAACGAGUGCGGAGGAAGAUUCGCAACAAAAGGUCUGCCCAGGAAAGCCGCCGGAAGAAGAAGAUGUAUGUUGGGGUUCUAGAAAGCAGGGUCUUAAAAUACACGGCACAGAAUCAAGAGCUACAGAACAAAGUACAGCUUCUUGAGGAGCAGAAUUUGUCCCUUCUAGAUCAACUGAAGAAACUCCAGGCCAUGGUGAUUGAGAUAUCAAACAAAACUAGCAGCAGCAGCACAUGCGUCCUGGUGGGGAUGAUGAUGGGAGAAGAGUUCCUUUCCCCGGGUCGUGGGAAACAACCCAGAACACUUCUUGAUUUCCUUUCCCUGUAUUCUAGGUCCUGCUCUUCUCCUUCUGCCUCCUCCUCGUACCUGCCAUGUACUCCUCUAACGCGAGGGGGACUCUGCCAGCUGAGUAUGUUGUGUUGUCCCGCCAGCUUCGCGCCCUCCCCAGUGAGGUGCAUCACCAGCAGGGGCUGCCUGCUUUGCAUUCAGAGGUACCAAAGGACAGCACAAACCAGUUACUGGACAGCUCAGAACAUAGGCUCCAUGCCUCUAGCAACUUUUCCUGCACGUUGUACCAUGUGCCUCAGGCCGAGUCUCCUCCGCGGUGGCCACAUCUUGAUGGCUUCUCAGAUCCUUCCUUCUCAGGCCCCAUCCUUCCCUUGCAAGCAAAUCUUACAGGAAAGGGUGCAUGGUCCCCUCCCCACAGUCCAUCAUCUGUUAUCUUGCAGGGCAGAUAUUCGGGUUAGAUGUGAGGAUAUGGGUAUCUCAGCAAGAGCCUGGAGACUCCCAUCUUAUAUGUAGAUAAAAAGGGCUUUGAGCUGCCCUUGCUCUUGUCACUAGGAUGCCUGGAGCUCAACAUAGCACAUUUGCUAGUUUUAUGCAUCUUUUAUUUGUGUGCAUGUCUGUUGCCCCAUGAAUGGAUCUGGGAAAAUGGGCUGGCCAUGAAUAUUUCAUGCACUGAGGGAAAGGGUAGGGUAAGAAAUAAAUAAGUGGUUCUGA